AUGAUUCAACUCAAACCAUCCACGUUCACCCUUGUCCUGUCUCUAUUCCUUUCUUCCACCCUAGCAAAGGAUGGAGAACUCUCCUCCAGCCUUGUAGGCUGCAAUGAGGUCUCAUGUCCAAAGAAAGGUUCCGAUGACCGCUGCACAGUGGAAGAGAAUACCUUCCUUGGCAUCGGACUAUCCCGCAUCCCAGACGUUCCCUCGUCUCUUGAGGGGUUCUCCCUCGUGAAGGGUGUAAAUGUGUCUGCUGCACUGGCCGGGAAGGAAAACGACCAGGCCACACGCCCUUUCAAGUCGUUUUAUUACCUCGGUACACCCUCGGAUGUAGAAACCAAGGACUUGUCCGGCUGUGUUGUCGUCUUCCACGAUGCCCCAUCUAAGAAAUUCGACGGGCCGGAACUGGAAGGCAAUCACAAUGGCACUGAUAUCCGCGCCGCGAGCGGUACUUGUUCUGAUGUCAUUGACAAGACAUGCAUCGAAAAGCUUACGGAGAAGGCAUCAAAAUUAGGCGAAGAGACUAAUGGAAAUGUCUGCACGGCGCUUGAGCGAGAGCUGAAGGAGACUUCUCUUGAUGAAUGUGAUGGCUUUGCGGGUAAAGGUAGCAACCUUGGAAAUUUCACUGUCAAGUCGCUCGAUGAUUUCAAUGCGGUUAAGAAUUCCUCGGAUUGUUGGCCUAUUCAGCCCAAGUCUGAUCAGCUCGUAGAGAUUGCGAGUAUCACUACUCUGAAAAACUACUCAGCACAGGCUCUUCUUGAGGAGGUCUAUAAGAUUACACCGGUUCUCACUGUCUUCGCUAGGAAUGGCAACAGCAGUCUUGUCAACCAAACCGCUUCUCAGUUGACAUGUUCAAAAGUCGUCACUGAAGAGGAUGCUAGUGAUGACAAGGAUAGUAGUGAGAAUACUGCGGUGGCUAUCAAGGCAAGCGGGUUUGCUGCUAGCAUUGCCGUACUAACUGGGGUCUUUGCAUUGCUGUAG